UCAAGAUGGCGGCUGGACGAACUUGCUAUAGAUUUUUAAAUAUCAACAAAACUUAUUCAUUUCCAAAUUAUCAACAAUUUAGGUAUAAUAAUGCAUGGAGCAAGGGUUCAACGGUAUCAAGGACAUCAAAUUUACAGAAACCAUGCUUGCUCCAAAUAAGGACAAAAUUUGUCAGUACAAAGAGCCAGUCAGCAUCUAAAAAUUCUAAGAAAUCUCCUGUUGGUAUUUUAGCAACUAUUUCAAGAUAUUUACAUGGUGCAGCUGGUGCUGUGACAGAAGAAGGAGCCAAGAGAAAGAAACUAAUUACAGCCAGCUCUCUACAUAUCUUAAAGAGCAUGGCGAAACAUGUUUGGCCUAAAGAUCGACGUGACUUGAAGAUACGAGUUGUUGCUGCUGUGGUCCUUCUUGUUGCAGCUAAGGUUGUGAAUGUACAAGUUCCCUUUCUGUUCAAGUAUAUUAUUGAUCACCUCAACAACUUUGAUCCCUCAUCACUUGCAAGCACUGGAGGAUUUCUAGCAAUGACAUCCACAGCUUUAGUUCUUGGAUAUGGAGUUGCAAGAAUGAGUGCAUCAUUGUUCAAUGAACUACGAAAUGCUGUCUUUGCCAAGGUUGCACAAGGAACACUGCGUACUGUUUCUAGACGGACAUUCCUUCACCUUCACAACCUUGACCUUUCCUUUCACUUAAAUCGACAAACUGGAGCACUUUCCAGAGCCAUUGACAGAGGAACCCGAGGGAUCAACUUUGUUCUCAGUGCUCUUGUAUUUAACAUUGUUCCAACAAUAUUUGAAGUAUCUUUAGUGUCAGGAAUUUUAGCGUACCGAUGUGGGACUGAGUUUGCUGUAGUUGUACUAGGCUGUCUUGGAGUUUAUGCAGUUUUUACAUUGCGUGUUACACGAUGGAGGACUCAGUUUCGGUCACAAAUGAACCAAGCUGACAAUAAAGCUGGUGCUCAAGCAAUUGAUUCACUGAUAAACUAUGAAACAGUUAAGUAUUUUAACAAUGAAAAAUUUGAAGCUGAUCGCUAUGACAACCUGCUUGAAAAGUAUGAAAAGGCCUCCUUAAAAACAACUACUAGUCUGGCUUUCUUGAACUGGGGACAGAAUUUCAUCUUCAGUGCCUCUCUUAGUACAAUCAUGCUUCUGGCUAGCAACCAGAUCAUGCAAGGUACUAUGACCGUGGGUGACUUAGUGAUGGUUAAUGGACUGCUAUUCCAGCUCUCCGUCCCUCUCAAUUUUCUUGGUUCUGUGUACAGAGACUUACGACAAGCUUUGGUAGACAUGGAGUCAUUAUUCAAAUUACACAACUUGGACUCUGCAAUUAAGGAAAAGCCUGAUGCCUUCCCUCUGGUCCUUAAGGCAGGCGAUCCAAGUGCUAAAGUGGUAUUUGACAAUGUCAAAUUUGAAUAUUUACCAGACAAAAAGAUUCUUGAUGGGAUGUCAUUUGAGGUUCCUGCAGGAAAGAAAAUUGCCAUUGUUGGUGGUAGUGGUUCAGGAAAAUCAACCAUCGUACGACUGUUAUUCAGAUUUUUUGAUCCAACUGAGGGAAGAAUACUUAUUUCAGACAAAAACAUCCAGGAUGUAUCAGUAGAGAGUUUGAGGAAAGUUAUUGGUGUUGUUCCACAAGACUCUGUAUUAUUUCACAAUGAUGUGUUUUUCAAUAUAAAUUAUGGUCGAGUGAAUGCUACCAAGGAAGAAGUAUAUGAAGCAGCAAGAAUGGCUGAAAUACAUGACGCCAUUAUGAGAAUGCCUGAAGGUUACAAGACACCAGUUGGGGAGAGAGGUUUAAAGCUGUCUGGUGGAGAAAAGCAAAGGAUAGCUAUUGCAAGAGCAAUUAUCAAAGACCCCCCUAUCUUAGUGUAUGAUGAAGCUACUUCAUCUUUGGACUCCAUCACUGAAAUGAACAUCUUAUCAGCAUUACGGAGUGUAACACAAGGUAGGACAUCAAUCUUCAUUGCCCAUCGUCUGUCUACAGUUGUUGAUGCUGAUGAAAUUCUUGUCCUGGAAAAUGGUCAAGUCAGAGAGAAAGGCAACCACUAUUCACUGAUUACAGAUCCAAACUCUCUUUACGCACAUUUAUGGCAUAAACAGCAUGCUGCCCAUACCAAAGUAUUAGAACAGUUAGAUGAUAGUUAUGCAACAGAUUCAGAUACCACAGUUUUAUAACAGUUUCUCAGUGUAAGUGUAUUGAUACUGGGCUGCCUGUGCAGUCUCAGGUUAGAUGUUUUCAUAAACACCAAAAAUUAUAUUUUAGCAUACUACACUGUAUAUCAGAAAUGAUGCAAAAACACUUUCUAUUGUUGUACUAAUAUGAACUAGAAUGGAACCAUGCAUUAUACAACUUCAGUAA